AUGCAGGCGCCGAACCCUUCACAGCGUUCAAUGCAGCGCCGCUCGCCUGGCGCGGACCCAGGCCCUCCUCCGUCGUCGUCGGGUGCCCCCCUCCCUCAGCGAGCCAUGUCGCCCGCGAACAUGCAGCCGCGCACGUCAACGACUUCGAGUAAAUCUGGAGGCAGCAGACGGGGAAAUUCCAACGGGUCCAACAUGCCGCUCUCGCAGAUUGAGAAGAGUGUUACCCACCUUCUUGUCGCAACGAAGCAACUGCUCGAGACAUUGACGCAAUGGUCUCGCGGCCAGGCCACCGACACACAGGUGUCGGAUGUUUACGUGAGAUUGGGGUACGAAUUCAAUAUGGCCUGCCGAGCGUUUACUGCUAUUAACGUGGACACGUCGGACCUGGGCAACGUCCCUGAAUCAUUGAGGCACAUCUUAGAAGCUACCUUGAGUCAGGAAGCUAGCACCGAAAGCUUGGAGAAGUACUUGCCUAGGAUACGCGACAUCAUCAUCAACCUCCUUCAUGGACUGAAACGGAAACAACAGAAGCUUCGCCAGAAGCAAGCUCGUGAUCGGGAAAGCAAUGGAGGCUCGCCCGACGGCGCUGGUAUUGCCGCUCGUACCAUGAGUAGCAGCACCAUGGGAAGCGCAAAUACAGGGCUUACGAAUUUGUUGAAUGAGGGUAUCGAGAAUGGAUAUUCUCAACCCGACAGUGCCGGGCCGGCUUCCAGUGGACCGUCGGGAGUCAACACAUCACCAAGUCGCCGUUUCCCUCCGCGAGAUCAGUCCCAUGUCUCCGUCAACUCGGAACAGUCGUCACUCUCAAGCACGACAAUGCAAAACAUGCCAGUUUUACCUCCAUACCCUGGUGAUGAAUCCACGGUUCCGUCUGGCCCAUCCGCAGUUAGCAUCGAUAUCGACUCGUUCCCUCCACCGCCGCCACCUCCCAAGUCCCAGCAAAGCGCUCUAGCUGCGCUGCAAAGGGGUGGCGACCUCGAGAGAAGAGCGUCGCGCAGGUACUCAGCCUACCAGAUAUCCAAGCAUCUGGGGGCGCCCAAUAGCGUUCCUAUGCUGCCGUCGCAGAACACGCCCAUACCGAAUCGAGGAAGAGGCGAAGUUCGAGAAUCUAUGCGCGCAGUACAAGUGAGGGAAUCUUUACGGCACAAUCGCAACCAGUCCAACCAGUCGACCCGGUCUAAGAAUGCGUUUGAUUCGUCUCCGGCUAGGAUACCAAGUAAAGUCUCUGAGGAAGGCUCCUCAACAACCGAGUUGCCGCCGGCCACGCCAGAGUCACCUCGUGCGGAGUCUCCGGAAGACACAUAUAGGCCAAGGGCAACAAUAUCCGGCCCUCUGGAAGACACCUUCCCUAUUAUGGGAGUACUAGAGUCGCCGGAAAAAGAAAAGCCUACGGCGCCCAAAUUCGGCACGGCCCCUGAAGCAAAACUGCCGCAGCCACCUCAGACUCCUCCAGAGAAACGACACAAUGAUUUUGUACCCGAACAGUCACCAACCCUGGGCAAAGAGUUGACGUUGUUCUUGCAAUACAAGUCCAAAGUCAAAAAAUUCGUCCUGGCUGGGGGUUACAGUGAUUUGACAAUUGGGCGUCUACAGCUUGCAUUCAUUGAGAAAUUCUCCUGGAACACCGCUUUGAACGGCGCUGAUUUGCCUGAGAUUUAUAUUCAAGACCCUGUGUCUGGUAUUCGGCAUGAACUCGAGGAUCUGUCCGACAUCAAGGAUCGCACCGUGCUCGCCCUGAACAUUGAGCCCCUCGAUGAAGUGAAACGCCAUAUUGAUGAUGGCCUUGGAGCACUCAAGAAAGCAGUUGACGAGGUGAAACAGAAUGUUGGCGACCAUGGGGAGGCUUUGCAGAGAGUCUCUGAUCGACAACUUGAGACAGCCAAGGAGAUGGCCCGCUUGGCAUCGGCACCACCCAUGAUCAUGGAGAGCUCGGGUUCCAAGACAUCUGACCCGGCUGGUAAGGUCAACCCCAGUCAACUGAGGGAAAUCCAUAGUCUCCGUCGAGAUUUAGCCGUUCUGCGUCAGACUUACUCCAACUUCCAAACGGAAAUUCAAAGCUCCAUGUCUACACUGCGUAACAAGGCAGCCAAUGUCAAGGUGGCGGCAGUCAAUGCAUCCGUGCCUAGUGUGGAUGGGGACUCGGGUUAUGCCUACGUGAAGACGGGCCGGAAGCAACUGAACUCAGACUCGGACCGGCUCGUCACCAAGGUGGACGACCUGCAAGAUCUCAUUGAAGACCUGCGCAAGGAUGUGGUGCACCGCGGUGUGCGCCCCUUGCCUCGCCAGCUUGAGACCGUUUCCAAGGACAUUCAGCUUUUGAUGAAGGAACUCAGGAAGAUGGAGGAUUAUAUGAAGCGUGAGAAACCAGUCUGGACCAAGAUCUGGGAGAAAGAGCUCGAGGACGUAUGCCAGGGCCGGGACGAGCUCAAGGUCAUGGAGGACCUCAUGGUUGAUUUGCAGGACGAUCUCGAGAAAGCAGGCGAGACGUUCGCGCUGGUUGAGCAAGCAACCAAGGAGCAGAUGAAAGAUAACAUCACGCCCACAGCCCGCCAGUUCUCCAAGGGUCUACAAAACCUGGGGGUUGGCGCAGACCCGACUGUGGCCAAGGAGGGCGUGCUUGGCGAAGUCAGAGCGUUACAGCCUAAUCACGAGGAUAGGCUGGAGGCCAUCGAGCGGGCGGAGAAGUUGCGACAGAAGGAACUUGAGAGUCGGACUGACAACCCCCUUAAGAAGGAAUUGUCCAAUUUCGUCGAGGAAGGCAAGCUGAAGAAGAGUGGUGGAUUUGAGGAAGUCGAACGUGCGAGGAAAGCUAAGGACGACAAAAUCAGACGGGAGGUUUGGGAACGUAUGAAUGGCAUCGUGCCCGAAGAACCCAUUGGCGAGGACGAGGUACUCGAGGCUAACGGCUCAGAAGAAGUGGGAGCCGAGGCGAUGGCUCCAGCAGGGGCUUUAUAA